UCUCUAUGACUUUCAUGUCUUCAUCACGUACACUGAAGACAAAAUGAGUAGGAUGAAAAAGAUGGCAAUCCCUACCCUUGUCAACAUGGCCAAAGACGACAUCGCAGAGCUGAAGGCGUACUGUCCCAAGUUCAGGGGUGUGAGACGUGUAGCAGGAGGGAUAUGGCUCAAUUGGCCGGAGUGUACGUACCCAGCCUAUAAGAACUACAUUGUCAAACGAUGGAAGGCACUUGCCAACGCGAGCGAUUGGGAGCGGGAGGAUCUUUACUACCCUUUGGACAUCGAAGAUAUCAGCUGCUGCGAGAGGCCUGUCGGGACAAGAAUCUUCAUCAAACGAACACAAGACGGCACGGUCUUUGAAAACGUUGGUACGCUUCCAGGGGCUCCGAUAUCCACCAUCCGUUGGCAACAGUCACACUCUUCCACGUCCCGCUCGCCUAUCACCACUCCCUCUCACCGCUCUGCACGUCUCGAAGACACACCAGAACGCGAUACUUACCUCUCUUACUCCGAAGAAUCGCCACGGAGUCCUUCAGCUCGUUCGUCUGAAUGGCCUGCAGGUCCGUCGCGGAAGGGUCCCGAGCGUUCGCCAACGCAGGCACUAAAUCCACCAUUAGAGAGUUCAUCCCCUCGAAAGAGCAUAUUCCCUUUUCGCAAGGCCUCAAACCUUGCGUCUCGAAUAUCAGGCAUCAAGCACGAAGAUCCAGCGGACAACGACACGAAGCCUGAAAUAGUGCACGACAAUGGAUCCCUCCUCCUAUCGUCUAGUGCCUUUGAAUCUGACUCUAGGAACGUUGAGGUCGACAAGCCACUCGACGAGUUGACGCGCGAGCUUUACGAGGCGCGGGAGGACAUGCGAGAGGCGUAUGCGCGUGAGCGGCGAAUAGCGAGGGAGCUGGAGCGUCGAGGAGCGAAGAAGCCUGAUGGCUGGAAGGAAACGUGGGAGGCUACUUCAGAGCUUACAGCCAAGCUGGCCGACGUUUCCAAGAAAUUCGAGGACGAACGUCGUCUACGGGCGGAGACAGAGCUUUACUUAUGUCAAGUGACGGCGGAGAAUGGUAGGGUGCCUCUCGUUGUACCGGCGCUGCUUGACGCGUUCAUGGAGAUAUCGAGGCUGUCGGAUUCUGUCGAUAAAAGGGCCGCGGCUGGGUAA